UGCUGGGAAAGCUAUAGCAGUUUGCUGCGGAGUACUUUGAAGUUGACAAGUGGCUCCAGGACGUUUGGUGAUAGCAGUGUCUACUGUGAGUUUGUGUUAGUGGCGACUGAAGGUUAAUAAUAGGCUCUAAGUAGUUUAUAGUAAGGUUGUAUUGUGUGAGAGUCGCUCCCAAGUUGUAGUUAUCACUUGAAGUAUAGUUAAUUAAAUUAGUUGACGUUAGGGAGUGUUUUUUUGUAUUUUUCUGUCGGUUGAAUUAUACCGUAACAAUAUCAAUGAUCUGUGAAACUGGUCUCUGGAGUAAAAAGCGUCAUGAGUUAGGACUUGUUUGGAGCCGCUACAAUAAUGAAAAUCACCUAACAUUCACGUUUCAAAGAAUUUAUUGUAAUAAAUAAUUGAAAGACCUUAAUUACAAUAUGCGAAACCCUAUGUAAAAGCUUAACAGAUAAAAACAAACUAUUACAUCCAAACUAAUUCGAUACAAAUCAAACGUUGUAAAAAUAUUCAAUUAUAUUUUUUAUCGGGAUACUUUUUAACAUAACUAAAAUCCGAUUGCAUAUUUUUUCUGCUUUUCCUGCAAUAAUUACUUAUCUAAAAAUCAACUGUAAAUAGUAUAUACAAGCAAUCUACAUACAAGCUGUAAAAAAGCUAAGAAUUCGACUAAUCAUAUACUGAUUUAAACAAUGAUUAUUACAUUGCCUAAAAUAUGAACAAAGGUCAAAACUAAAGCACCAACAUUUCCAAAGUUUCCUUAUUUAUUGAUAGUUACUGCUUUGUGAAAAAUUGCUUCCUUGCCUCGACAACACGUUAUCGAAGAGUUAAUAAUAAUAUCUUGUGAUUUUUUGCACCCUGUAGUGAGCAUUUUGCUCUUUCUUAUGUACGACCUAUAUACAUGCACAAUAUGGUAAUAAUACUUACACUUCUCUACAUUGUUUCUUAAUUUUUUACAACAGUUUCCAGUUUUUUUUGUACAACUUGUUCUUGCUUACUCACUGUAGCAAGUGUGGCUCGACUUAACUAUUUACAUUUUGUAAGUCACAUAAUUUACUUGUGUUGUUUUUGGAAAACAAACUGAGCUACGAUUUUUAUCGACACGUGGUUUAAGACUAAAUUUUGUUUAACUCUUUUGCUUCAAGAUUAAAAUCUCUUUCCUAAAAAACGUUGCUCCCAUAGGGAGCAAUAAAAUAUUGUAAACGUAUACAUAGUAUACACUUUUUAAACCACCGUACUUUUUUUCACAGAAAAAAGGUACAGAAAGAACGUCUUUUUUUUCUUUUUUUGACACGCCGGAAAACUGUUAAGAAUACAUGAUACAUGUAUUUCUUGCUCGAGAGCAGCUUUUCAAUGAGUUCCACUAUACUUGAGCUGUUUUAAGAUUUUGUGACUAGAUUUGUUAAAAUUUGUAAUGAGAAGUUAUUGUCACAAAGCAAUUUAAAAUUCAGGUAUGCAAUUUUUUUAUAAUUAUAAUGAUUGAAAACGCAUUUUGUAGAUAACAUUCUUAUUAAGGAAAGUGUUCAGUGAUUUCGACUAAUCACAGUCUGAUUUACAAAUUUGGAAAGCCAUUGAAAAACCGCUCUCAGCAUCCGGGAAAAUGUUUGGUUACUUGAUACAAGUUAACUUAUAAUGCUUCAUAGAAGCUACUCUUGACAUCAGUUUCAGGGAACCACGGGAAAUCUGAUGGGGCACUGGGGACAACUUGA